AGAACUACGGGCGUUAUCUUGUUACGAAGGUGCAGCCCUGGUCAUUCAUGUCCUCGAAGCAGAGUGAAGAAAGUUUCGAAGUCAACCUCGCCGAGGUGCAACACAUGCACUUAGUACACCUGCGGAUGAUAUUAGCUCGCCACAUAGCACGGGGGGAGCGAACUGGGGGCAAGGGGCUGUGCGCCAGGUGGAAUCGGCAACGUCGGAAAGAUGAAAAUGGCGAUGAGGAUGACGAUGAGAAUAUGGACGCCGAGAAUUGUUGGGAGGAUGAUCUGCACAGAUACGUCCAGGGGUUGCAAGACUAUGACUAUAUGGAUAAAAUGAACCAGACGUCCAGCAGGGACCCCUUCCACCUGACGGGCGAGAGGAAGCUUGAUCGUAUCAUUUUCGAUGCAUCACUGGGAGGUGCGAGGCAAGCCCGUUUCGACAGCAUGGGCAUCCAAGACGUACACAAGUGGGACAGCCAUAUGGGCCUUGUCGUCCCGUCCCUAAUCCAGAAUCGGUACAUACGCCUUGCCAGCCGGCUGGGGGUCUCUGCUAUUGGGGCUACUUUUCUAAUCGCCCCUAUGUGGCUGAUGAUGCUACGGGGUGGGUUAUACGUUGCCUUGAUAUCCACCACUGUGUUCGUCGCCGUCUUUGGGGCCUUUGCGGCGUCAUUCUUGGAUGAGCAUGUGCAUAUCUUGUCAAGCACCGCCGCCUCUGCGGCUGUUCUGGUGGUCUUUGUCGGACUUACCAGCGAAGCAAGCACCGCACAGAAAUACAACGAAUUGCCGAAUGUUUGUCAUGGGACACGCUCUUUCAAGUGA